AUUGAUUUCGUUCGUGUAUCUGUUAUGCCUCGAUUCAGAAUUUUUAAAAAAAACAGUACCAAAUUACACGGUAAUGAUAACAGCUAUGAUGAUUCUCCACUUUCGUUCACUGCUGAUGCAGAAACGCGCCAAGCAAACGUUUGUAAUUUUAGGUUAGUGUUUGGUUUCGCUGUGUGACCAUGUGUGCGGAGUACAGGGAUUACGGGUGUUAUUGCAAUAAUCACCCAAACACCCGAUAAAAUAAUUUGGCGUUUUACAAUUCAAACAAUUUUACGAAAUUUCUAUCAUAGUAAACAAUAAUGUGAAUAUAAUCCGGAACCAAUGAAUAUUUUUAAUAUUCAUGAAGCUAUUCCAAGUUUUGAAGCAGUGACUGUGGAUCCUGUAAUUGUGUUACAUGGAAUAGUAAUUUCAACUGAGAAGGAUAUCUGCUUCCUCUCAUCAUGACAGAUAUACAAGAACGGCAUCCAGGCCAAGAGCUACUAUCUGUUGCAGCAGAUAAAAGGAUGAGUCGGUUCGGAAAAUACAAGCUCCCGAAAGAAGCUGCAUUGACCAAUCGCCGAACGCUAAAAGCAUUUACACAACAGCACAGCUGUUAUCGGACGUCGUAUCAAGUACUGGUUAUUGUUGUGUGUGCGGAUGUGGUUCGAUACAUUGUUGAACGAAGUAUUUUAAUGGUACAGGAACGUCAUUUUCAGCAUCUCGUAAAUAAAAAGGGACAUCAGUUCGCCGUGAAUAAUUAGAAGACAAAUACAAUUGACGCGUUGGUCUGAGCCGCGCUGAUUGCUGGAAGUGUGACGUCAUCAGCUGAUCCAGUAUGCGCUGCUUCUGCAAGAGAAUUCGCACCCAUCACGUGAAGGUGGUACUACUGGACGAGCAGGAACUCAUACAGGAGAUACAGGAUAACAGCCCGGGUCAGGAAAUUCUGGACACUGUUUUCCGCCACCUGAACCUUCUGGAAACAGCGUACUUCGGGCUCCGGUACCUGGAUUCUUCCAGCCAGACGCACUGGCUGGAUCCAACAAAAAAGAUCACCAAACAGCUCAAAGGAACCGAUCCGUUCACGUUAUAUUUUGGGGUAAAAUUCUACGCGGCCGACCCCUGCAAGCUACUGGAGGAGAUUACCAGAUAUCAAUUUUUUCUGCAAGUGAAACAAGAUAUUCUACAGGGACGACUUCCUGUGACCUUUGACCUUGCUGCUGAACUCGGUUCGUACGUAGUUCAAUCGGAACUUGGCGACUAUGACCCCCGACGACAUUCUCCAGGGUACGUGUCCGAGUUUCGAUUUAUAUCGAACCAAACAGUGGAACUCGAAUCUCGUAUCGCAGAACUUCACAAAGGCCUUGUAGGCCAAUUACCCGCGGUGGCAGAGCUCAGCUACUUAGACAAGGUGAAAUGGCUUGAGAUGUAUGGCGUGGACCUCCACCCUGUUCUGGGUGAAGACAAUGUUGAGUAUUUCCUUGGACUGACUCCGAGUGGAAUCAUCGUAUUACGAAACAAAAACAAAGUGGGGAAUUAUUACUGGCCGAGAAUAACCAAAAUAUACUUCAAGGGCAGAUAUUUCAUGCUCCGCGUUUGCGACAAGAAUAACGACGAGAACACAUACGGCUUCGAGACGCCUUCCAAGUCCGCGUGCAAACAUUUGUGGAAGUGCUGUGUGGAGCAUCACGCAUUCUUCCGAUUAGUUCAAGUGUCACCGACUGCCCCAGACAUCUUUGUCCUCGGUUCCAGGUUUAGGUACAGUGGCCGAACGGAGAAGCAGGCGCAGAGAGAUGCGCAGUUGCGGAUGCGAAGUCCUCCGCAGUUUACGCGUACGCCAAGCCGGAGGUAUCAACGACGAAUAGUUGAAGGAGCGCAAGACGCUCCCAAAGUUGAAGAAAACGUGAAUAAUGAAAACAUUCCUCCUCAAGAAAUCAAAGCAGUCUCAAUACCCCAGCCAGCCCAGUCAGUCGGCAGCCUGUAUCGAUCGACAUGCAGCAUUCCAGCAGUCUUACCAUCGCAUCCUCGUGCUGACUCGCCGCGCAGCACCCGCAGUGCUCCUUGGACCCAGCCCCAUGUGCGCGGCCUCUACACCAGUUCCAGCCCUCGUUCCGUUAGGUCUGCCGGGAACAACGGUCAGCUACUGAGUCGUCUCACGAGGAGGUCUUCGAGUGUUGAGAGCCAAAGUUCAAAUGAUUCCCGCUCAUGUAAAAGACAUCGCCAUCAUCGCAGCCGUAGAGGAUCUGACAAUGAAAGUGAGUUAUCGAAGUGUUCGGGGAAGUCGCAUGGCCACCGGCGGCACCGGCACCGUUCCCACGGGAACAAACGUGACUCAGGUUCUGAGCAAGAUCAACACCAUCGACAUCGACAUAAGGGAUCCGGCAGACACAGGCAUGGCAGCCAUUAUGAGCUCGUAGAUUCCGAAGCUCAGUGGAAGGAAGUGCAGCGAAGGCAAGCCGAGGGUGGGACAGGUAUUCACCAGGCGACUGUGGUAACCAAUAGACGCUCUGGUUAUAUGAACAGUGGCAUGGAAACUGAAUCAGAACUCUCGUACCACCAUAAACGCAAACAGAAGAAGCACAGGUCAAGGUCUCGAUCUCCGUCAGAGAACAAGCCGCGUUUACCGGAUGAACUCAAGAAACACCUAGAGUUUGAUCUGAUUGACACAGAAGGGAUGAGCGAGUCACAGCUCAGGGAGAUUCCGUACAAGAUAGUUGAAACGAACGCAAAGGCUAUGCGCGUCAAGAUGUCCCCAAACAACAAGCAAAACCACCGUUCUCCAAGGAGAACUAAAAGCUGCUCCACUCAGGAAGAGAGGUGCCCACUUCCCAGCAGCGGAGACAGCCCGCCUCCCCCAUACUCACCGCCGCAGGUGCCCCCCGCAGGACCCGAGGUUCCUGGAACUCCCAAGUUGAGCUCCAUGGCUAACCCAGGCGAGACUGACCAUCAACCCCCAAACAUUGGAAAUGACAACAUGAUUGCUGACGUCAAUAAGAAUUCGGGCUCUAGCUCGGCCAGUCACAGCCCAGCCGGGUCCGUACGAAGUCGGAACAACAAUAACAACAAUAACCACGUGCCAAGGACCAGUCUGGAAUAUGCAAGCCUGCAUUCCCAGGGAGGUACCCGGCCACCUUUGCCCGCAUUACGCGCGCUGGGUUCUGCACUCUACGAUAAUCCAGGCACUCUACUUAACGGUCACCUUCGUCAGUCAAUGCAGCAGCAACUACAGCAACACAGGCUCAAUAUCAACAAUCUGAAGAGCACGCAUCUCAGUAGCCACGAGCACUCGGACUCUGGCCUCAGUGCCGAGUCGCACGAAUACAGCCCUUAUAAUAGUGAGAGGUUGAGUGAAGGCCCGAGAUAUGCACAGACCACAAAACUGUCUUCUUUACAACCUCCACUGCCUUCCCUAGUGAGUACAACUGCCAGUAAUUCCCAUGUCGGGGUCACGGUUCAGCCUCGGUCGUACCCCUUCAGCUCGAUGCGGGUCACUUCGACCCAUAUCACCCCAGAUCCCGACACUGUACAUAGACUAUGGAACGACCAAAGGGCUAGGGGGAAAUUGAGUGGCAGGUUGGUUGCUGGGGCUUCCAAUGAUGGUGGCGGCUUGGCUUGGAUGUCUCCCGGGGCUCCGCCCUUGGGUACCUACCGCACUUUGCCUAAUUCUACAACCCCUACUGAUGCUAACAUUAAUAAUAACUGGAGUGGGAGUAUUAGAAGCACCCGCAGUGGGGAUGGAGGUACUAGAAGAGGUCCACUUUACUUCAGGGGUCACCAACCCAACACUUCUGGCAUUCUAAGGGACUCCAAUAAAUUCAAUACAAGCACGGUGAUUGGUUCUUGCUGGACCAAUGAUACAGCCACUAUUCGAGAAGAUGAUGAAUCACAGGACCCGGUACAAUUUAGCUCACCGAUACGCAAGGCAGCCAGUAGCAGUGAUGGGACUCGUCUCGCUACGAACGCGACGCAUCGGACUAGCACAAGUAAUGGCGUACAGGAAGUCACUCAUGAAAUGAGUACAGAAUUAUGAGCGGAGUCCAGCAGUUCAACAGACAACGUUAACUGUGAAUUUAUAAGCAAUCCAACCAAAGUAACUAAAAAUAUUAAAGCAAGAUGAAAACUUUUAAUAAUUUUAAAUUCUCUGUGUGAUCAUGCAGAGAGAGUGCCAUGUCGUCACAUUCUUAAGUUUAGAAUCACUUACAUGAACGUCGUUUACCGGCAAUAAAUAAAAAUGGCGUAGACGUUAAAUCAUACCCGUGAUGAGUUAAGAUUAUGUACUUAAAAUACAAGUCGUCACACAUGAAAUUUUGGUGCAGCGUGUUCGAAAUGUUACUAAUAAUGCCUCAUUUCUGUAUAUAGACUUGUCAGGUCGGUGUGCGUGCGUGCGUGGUGCGUAGUUUGUGUCCUGUAAAUAGGCAUGGCUGAGCUGUACAUACUGGAGGUUAAAAUGUUGCUGUCUUAACAACAUUUUCUCCGUUAUUUAUGGCGUAGUGUGUUGGUAAGGUUUUCUUCAUUCUGAGGUGGAGGCGGAUAGGUAUCGACGCGGAGAUGCUGCAAAACACAUUAAAACGUGUCAUCACUUGUCAGCAAAAUAUCACUUAGAUCAGCUGUUCAGAUAGAGAAGUCGUACUCUACUUCGGAGGACACGCAAUUUUUAAAAUGUGUUCUUUGAAGUUGUUCUUCUCUCCUUUUCGAUGUUCGUUGCGCGCACGUGCGUGUCGUUCGCAGAACCAAUCGACAUCGGAGGACCUGGCUAAUUUGCUAAGAGUCGGUUACAAGAACAGUCAACAGUACAGAUAUUGCGCUGUGCGGUGACAAAUUUUUUCCUGUAUCCCAUUAAAUCUGUGCAUCAUAUUUAAAAAUAUUUAUAUCUAGCGUAAAAAGCCCAUCGUACCUUAUCCUUUACCCCCCCUUUCUUUCUAUAUGAGUUUUAUGCUUCCGUCUUCCGGUGCCUAAUAUUUUCUUCCAUUCUUCUCUAUUUUCCCAUCCUUCCGGAGGUAGUUUCCACUCUUAUCAUGGUUCUUGUAAUUCUGUCGUUCCAUCCUGAUCUCAGUCUUCCUCUCUUCCUUCUCUCUUUUGGUUGCCAUUUUAUAGUCUUCUUUGGUAACCUUUCCUCCUCCAUCCUUUGCACGUGUCCGUACCAAAUCAGUUGUCUUUUCUCGAUCCACCCUCAUGAUUUCUCUAAUCCUCUCUCUCUUCUGGAUAUUCCAGCCGCUCUUCUUAGGAAAACUUUUAAAUAUAAAUAUAUGAAACACACAUUAAAUAUUAAUAUGGUACUGCGUAAUUUUAACUCGGAACACUUUGUAAGUUAAAAAAAUUAGCUUUGCUACGUCGAUAUUUUUCCCAAGGUUAGUUCCCCUUUAAAUAUUUCCUUUGCGAGUGCAAGCAAACGCAGAAUCGUAAAACUGACUUUCGUGUAAUGCGGAUAAAAGUUUGAUAUUUGAUGCCGAAAGUUAUAGUAGAUUCGGUGUUACUUGAAAAAUCAUCAAAAUAUAACUAAUAAUGUGAUGUAAUCAGUGAUUACAUGGAUUAAUUUCACACUCUUAUAAUUGACUAUUUCCUGGAUAUAAAUGUUCUGUAGCUCCAAAAAUUGAACUCCUGGAAAACUGGAUACAAAUUUCCUGUUCUGCGUUGCGUUAUUAUUCUGGUUUCAUGACACUGGUCGGUAAUGCAGCUGCUCAGUCGGCACGCGCGUGCAGAGCAUUUCGCAAUCUGCGGUCGCUGCUGCCACUCGACAACCCAACUUUUCUCUCACUCCUGGGGAUAACUCUUUAAGUUUUACGGUCAUGGGAACGUGUGAAAAUAAUGACGUCGUAUACUUCAAGGCAGACUUUCGUAAAAAUUAAUUGUCCAUUUAAUAAAGAUUAAAAUUAUUCAUUGGGUUUAAAAAAACAAAACAUAACCAUGGAUUUUUAGGAUUACCAAGAUUUUAACCCGUAUUAAUUUGAAAAUUACUUUUUAAUGUUUACUCUGUAUUAACUGUAUUUACCGUGUUACGUACUUUAAGCCACUGCUUCCCAAACUUUUUCCUUCAUUACCCGAAACCGCUUAUCAGAAAGUCCUUUUUACCCGAUGUAGGUAAAACGCUAACUGCACAGAAAACGACAAGCGAAGAGAGAUCGGUAACAAAUAGGACGCAAACAAUGUUUUGUGCAAUGUCUUUACAAUCCACUGAUAUAUAGACGUUUCUAGUUCAGGAAAGUAUUCCUUGAAACGCUAUCAUUUUUUCACUUGCAGAAAUCAUAUUUUCUUUUCUUCCUUGAAGUUGCAGAUUGAGUGCGUUCAUGUGAGAGAAAAUAUCAACCAAAUAACUAAACUGAGCUAACCACUUCGUGUUGGAAAUUACGGUAAAUUUUAACGUGUAUUCCGAAGUGUGUCGUUACCCAAAGAAAAACACCUUUUACCCCUUUUUGGGUAAUUUACCCAGGUUUGGGAAGCAGUGCUUCAAGUGGUACAUUUUUUAUCAAUGUGUACGCCACUGGUGAUGACUCGGGUUGUCCAAAACGUUGCUUAAGUCAGUUCAAUUCA